CGUACGGCUGCUCGGCGCAAGCUCUCCAAUUGGUAUUUACUGCAAAUGCAAACUUCCCUCCAAUCAGAGGGCAACGGAAACUUGAAGGUUUCGGGUAGUCGUGCUCUUGCGUUUUCUAUUUUUGAUACUUGGUCUGGGAAGAAAUCCGAUGGACUCGCUUUUGUUUUUAUGCUAACAAUUCUUUUUUCAAGCGGCGGUGCCUUUGUUCAUACUCAGGUUUAUAUAGGGAGGAUGCCUACCCGGGUCUGUCUCAGUCGGAGGUGCGCUGAUCUUUCUGCACAAACGCGCGGAGAUACAAGCAGAGUGCCAUGAGUCGUCUGGAUGUUGUGUACCGUCAGGGUUAUGGAGCUCAUCGCUAUCUGCCGGCGACAUCAGCUGCGGCAGCAGCGGUAGCGUACAACGCGGCGUAUUUCCACCGUCAGCAGCAGACAAAGCUCUGCUCCCACAGCAGGAUGCAGGAGUCAACAGAUCUGUGUUCGCAUGGCAAGCAAACGCAGGCCAGGGAGCAGGAGGAGCGGAGGGGUGUGGCCAGGGAGCAGGCGGAGCAGGGGGGCGUGGCCAGGGAGCAGGCAGAGCGGAGGGGUGUGGCCAAGGAGCUGCGUCCCGCAGAGGCUGAAUACCUGAGCUCCAGGUGUGUCCUGUUCACCUACUUCCAGGGGGACAUCGGGGACGAGGUGGAUGAGCACUUCUCCCGAGCUCUGAGCCAGCCGAGCGUGCUACGGGCCCCCCCUGGAGCGCUGUGGAGAGAGGGAGGACGGGCGUCGGGACAGUGCAGCGGUUUCCCAUCACCCCUCUGGGGUACAGCGUGCCCCCCCCAGGGCAGCCCUCGUCUCUCCUCGCUCCAUCCCGAGUUUUCUCCCAGCAGAGCCUUUCAGUCCCCCGAACCGGCAGCGUGGGCGGGGCACGGUCUGCCCCAGCCGGGCGUCGCCCCUCCGCCCGCCGCGCCCGCCGACUCCUGGCACUACUCGCUGGGGCCUCAGGGUGGCGCUGGGUACCCCCACAUGCACAACAUGUACCCCCACGUGCACGCCCGCCACGCCCACCAUCACAUGCUGCACCACGGGCACAGCCCCGCCCUGGAGGCUCGAUUUGGCCCGCUGCUCCUACCCGGCGUGCGCCCGCCUGGAAGCCCCGCCCCUUCCUGCGAGGGCCGCUGGUCCGAGCCGGACGCCGCUGCACAUGGCUGGCCAGCUUCAUUCCACGGGUCAGUGGACAUUUACGAGUCGGCUCUGGAUCAGACGAAAGUGAAGGCGCCUGUUUGGUUCUGAACAGAACGUGUUUGGACUCAUUAUGGACAUGGUCUUGUGUGGAGAAGACCCACAAUCCACAAUGUGGAGUUCACUCCUGGAAUAAAGCAGAAGUUUUCCUGGGAAUUCACUCAGAAAUGGCAAAACUCAGUCCUGGGCACUGCCAGUGUGGUGUGUUUGGACAGUCAGUCCUUGGCACUGCUAGUGUGGUGUGUUUGGACAGUCAGUCCUGGGCAUUGCCAGUGUGGUGUGUUUGGACAGUCAGUCCUGGGCACUGCCAGUGUGGUGUGUUUGGUCAGUCAGUCCUUGGCGCUGCCAUCUGUGGCCUCCAUUUUGGGUUGCCUAGGAGACAGGAGGGAUGCCACUGUGAAGGAGACAACAUGCCCUUCAUAAAGUUUAAACUGCAUAUUUAUAAUGUGUAUUUAAAAUCUUUUCUUGGAGGUCCAUCUUGACUGAAUGUGAGUCUGUUGUUCUCUGUUCCUCAGUAGUUCUGUUUAAAGAACUGUUCAAGUCUGCACGUCACAGUGUGGUUCCUGUGCUUUUAUUUUUCAUGCAUCUUACGCAGUGGUUUCAACUGUUAAUUUAUAUUUUUUCUUUUUAUGAUUUGUCCUGUUUGUUUCUGGGCUUCAGUGAACUGAGAAAGCUUUUGUUUAUAGAAAGGUCCUUUUUUCUCUUAUGAGUGGAAGUAGUGUAACUAAAGAAGCAAUGUUUAAAUAAAUUCUAUUGACAAGUAUUAUCAUUUGAAUUGCAUUCAGAACCGAUUGAAUCUGGAUAUUAAAUAUACUUUAGUCAAA